CUAUUGACAUUAUGUAAUUAACUAUAUACACAAUCCUUUGGCUUAGUAUAAUAUAUACACCAACCCAAUCGCUACAUGUUAGUUUUGUUCUCUCUUUAGAAUAGAAUUAACCAUUUUGAUAGGUAAAGAUCAAAAUCAACCCAACCCCAUAACCUUUUCUUUCUAGUUUUCAACCUUGACAUGUUUUUCUUUACCUUUUUUUUUCUUCUUCUUAUAACUAACAAUACAAUUUGGCUAAUUAAUGUCGUUCUUGAUGAUGAAGCAAAGGAAACGACCAAGAUUUUGUUGUCGUUUUGGGAGAAAUUAAGCAAUAGAGACAUGGGAAGGCUUUUCUUGAUCACUAUUGAAGCUGAAGGUGAAGGAGUAAUAUACGUGUGCAGCAAAUGUAACAAUCAUAUAACUCACUCUCAUCAUAUUGUGCCUCCACCGGAUAUUUCUUUCCCCGGAAAUGGACAGGGUCGACUAGCUUUUAGCAAAGUUGUAAAUAUAUUUACGGAUGGAAUAAUAGAGGUGGAUUCAACUGGUGUAUUUGAGUUUGAGCAAAUGUAUUGUGUUGGUUGUGGUGAAUUGAUAGGAUGGAAAAUUGCUUCUUUCCCUGAAAUACUCAAAGGAAAAUACAUCAUACAAUUUUAUUAAGGUACAAGGUGUUGGGGGUUUAGAUUUAACCAAACAACUUGACAAAAAUGAUGAAGUUUAAAGAAAAUGAGUUUAAUUUGUUUCAAAUUUGUACUUAUUCUAUGCAUCUUAUUGCAUAGAUUUUUCUAAUUACUAGUUUAGUUUGUGUUCUAAAAUUGGUAUAUAUAAUUACCAUUCUUUAGCUUUAAUCAUUCAUUUUCGGUAUUUGGAGCAAAAAUGCAAUGUACCAUUGAUCAACUAUUUAGUUAGUUUUAUGUACAAUUCUAAACUAGUUUUUACUA